AUGGAGAAAGCCUGCUGGCCGAAGAGAAAUCCGGUCUUUGAGGAGGUUAAGGCGGGUUCCCCUCUAAAUCUCUUAUCUUUCUCUCUUGAUCUUUGUGGUUCACUUGGCUUUGCUCAUUGGGUUAGACUUGCUGCUGCUGAGUUUACUGGCUAUGCUAUUAACUGGUAUGAUCGAGUUGUGACUAGCAGGAGGAGAGCAGGUGAGGCGCCAGUUGAUACAUGGGAUGAGCUUUCCAUGCUGAUGCGGAGACGCUUUGUUCCCGACCAUUACCACCGAGAUCUACACCAUAAACUCAGGCGUUUGCUUCAAGGUUCUAAGUCAGUUGAGGACUAUCACCAGGAGAUGGAGACCUUGAUGAUCAAAGCUGAUGUGGACGAGCCCUUAGACGCCACCAUGGCCAGAUUUCUUACCGGGCUCAAUCGGGACAUACAAGACCGCAUGGAGCUGGAGGACUAUGACAGCAUGGAGCAGAUGCUACACAAGGCCGUGCUGAUCGAGCAACAAGUCAAGAGAAAGGGUCUCACUAAACCAACCUUUGCCUCUAAACCGACCUUUGCUUCCAAGCCAAACUAUCAAGACAAGGGUAAGUCUUCUUCCACAACAAAUACAGCUUUUAAGACUAAUGUCCCUGCUCGUGUUGAUAGAGAAAAGAAAGAAGAGGCUACCAAACGAACCAGAGACAUCCAAUGCUUUAGGUGUCAAGGCCUUGGCCACUAUGCCAACCGAUGUCCAAACCAAAAGGUGAUGGUGCUCUUGGAGAAUGGAGAAGUCGAAUCUGAAGAAGACAAGGAGGAUCUCGGACCAGUGUAUGAUGAUGAUAAUGAGGAAGAAGCACUUGACUUCCCGGUUCAUGGUCCCCUUCUUGUUACUAGGAAAGUCUUGGACGACACCACUGAUCCCAUCUUUGAUGAGGAGGUCGAUGGAGUGAUCAAUGAGUUUUGCUCGACCUUUGUGGAGAGUUCUCAUCCGAUCUAUGAUGAGGAAGUUCUUGAAGAACCGACCCAUGGUUCACUACUGGUUACUAGGCGUGCCUUGAGUGUCCAACCAAAAUCCAAUGACAAAGAACAAAGGGAGAAUCUCUUUCACUCUAGAUGUCUCAUUUCUGAUAAAGUUUGUUCUUUAAUCAUUGAUGGAGGUAGUUGCACUAAUGUGGCUAGUGACACCCUUGUAAAGAAACUUGGGCUUGUUACUCGGCCUCUUUCUCGUCCUUUCAGGUUGGAGUGGCUCAAUGAGGCUGGAGAACAGUAUGUGAAGGAGCAAGUCACGGUUCCACUUUCCAUUGGCCGAUAUGAGGACGAGGUUGUGUGCAAUGUGCUUCCCAUGGAUGCUUGCCAUGUUCUCUUGGGCCGGCCUUGGCAAUUUGACAAGAAGGCAGUGCAUGAUGGUUUCACAAACCGGCAUUCAUUUGAUCAUAAGGGAAAGAAGAUCACCUUGGUGCCUUUGUCGCCUUCGGAAGUCCAUCAAGACCAAGUCCAACUUAAGAAGAACCGAGACCAAGACUCUAAAGCUGAUAAACCUGAGACCAGUACCAGGAACUCCAAUUUCUUUGUCAAAGAAAGUCAGGUAAGAAAGUCUCUUUGCUCUCAAAAGCCAUUUCUCUUACUGAUUUAUAAAGAGUCUCUCUUGGCCUCAUCUUCUUCUGACCUUGCACCGGAGAUUCCGAGUGAGUUUUUAGGUAUCUUGCAGGAUUAUUCUGAUGUGUUUCCAGAAGAAAAUCCCAAAGGAUUGCCACCGGUGAGAGGCAUUGAGCAUCAGAUCGAUCUCGUUCCGGGCGCCUCUCUACCGAACCGACCAGCGUACCGCACCAAUCCGGUCGAGACCAAGGAGCUGGAGAAACAGAUCAACGACUUGCUUGAGAAGGGAUACAUCAGAGAGAGUCUCAGUCCCUGUGCCGUGCCUGUUCUACUUGUACCAAAGAAGGAUGGCUCCUGGAGGAUGUGUGUGGACUGCCGGGCCAUAAACAACAUCACGGUAAAGUAUCGACAUCCUAUUCCUCGUCUUGAUGAUAUGCUUGAUGAACUCCAUGGUUCUAAGUACUUUUCUAAGAUAGAUUUGAGAAGUGGCUAUCAUCAGAUUAGGAUGAAAGAAGGUGAUGAAUGGAAAACGGCCUUUAAAACAAAACUAGGAUUGUAUGAGUGGCUUGUCAUGCCCUUUGGUCUCACUAAUGCACCUAGUACUUUCAUGCGCCUAAUGAAUCAUGUCUUGAGGUCUUUUAUUGGUCAUUUUGUUGUGGUUUACUUUGAUGACAUUCUUAUUUACAGCAAAAGCCUUGAUGAGCACAAACAGCAUUUGAAAUCCGUUCUUGAAGUCCUUAGAAAGGAACGUUUGUUUGCUAACCUUGGAAAGUGUUCUUUUGGCACAGAUCAUGUGGUCUUUCUAGGUUUUGUUGUAGGUACAGAUGGCUUAAGAGUAGACGAGCAGAAGGUCCAAGCAAUCCGGGACUGGCCGAUUCCGACCACCAUUGGUGAAGUAAGAAGCUUCCAUGGUCUUGCCGGCUUCUAUAGGCGAUUUGUUCAAAACUUCAGUACCUUGGCCGCUCCUCUUACUGAAGUAAUCAAGAAGAACGUGGGGUUCAAAUGGGGACCAGCUCAGGAAGAAGCAUUCGAAAUCCUUAAAGGGAAGUUGACUCACGCCCCUUUACUUGUACUUCCAGAUUUUUCUAAAGCUUUUGAAAUCGAAUGUGAUGGAUUUUAA